UGCGCGCACGCAGCUGCAGAGUAAAUAACCACGAAAGCAGUUAAUGAAGUGUUGUGGAACAAUAUAAUUACAAGUGAAGCAUCAUUUUGACAAUUGUGAGAAUUAUUUAGGUGGUUCAAAUCAAGAUGUGGGUGCAGGCAUUUUUAAUAACGAUAGCUGUUCUUUCUAUAGCAGCAAUAAAAGUACCAAUAGAAACGACACCUGAGACUAUUACCAGUCCAAUACCUAUCAAUGGAGAGCAAGUCAUUCCAAUUUAUUAUGUCACCGAUGAAGCGAAUAUUGAUAGUUAUUUAAUUCCUCCUGAUCCUCAUAAGCCUGAGGUUAUCGAUCAUCAAAAAGUGGCCACACCAGCCACUUACUUGUUGCCACCGGCACCAGAUGCUCAAAACGAAUAUUACUAUAAGCCCACAGAGCCAGGUGAGCAAUCCGACUGGCUUCCAAUAGUAGCAGCACCUCAAAAACAAGUUGACGUAAUUCCGUUAGUUCAAGAAGAAGGGCGACCAAAACUGCAAGAACUUAGAGAAAAUUUGAGAACAGGCAAAAUGAUUAACAGAGAACAUGGAUAUUCCAUUCCUUCGAGAAACUUACUGCCACCACGGGAGAAUGCACUUAAUGAUUUUGUAAUUUUGUCUCCUUCAGUUGAGUUAGAGUUACCUUCAGAGGAAAUUGACCAUAUGUUAAAUAAUUCACCAGCUGACAUUCCACCGCCUUCGUUUAGAGCUCUACGUAAAUAUCCUGUUAAUGUUCCGAUUAACCUCGAUCCGAUACCUGUGCCUUAUAUAACUCCACCCAAAAAUGAAUAUAGAAAUCCAACACGUUUGUAUCCUAAAAAAUACUAUAAUCAAUUCAGGCCUGUACCAAUACCAAUAUCUCAAUUUGCUGAUACUUCCAUGGGGGAAGUGCCUGAUGAAAACCCAACCGAACCAUUGAAACCAGCCAUGAAUACUGAUAAUGAAUAUUACGAUACAUCCGAUCCGAAAAUAAAAUACUUAUAUGAACAGUCGGAUCAAAAACGAAAAUUAAAGCAACAACAGGAAGUAGCUGAAUUGGACACUGGAAAUAAAGAACCAUUAACAGAAGUACUUCCAGCAGAACAAGAAGCUUCUGAAACGAAUUAUAGGAGUCCUAACCGUGACGAAUAUCAUGCUGCGUUGAAACAAUCACAUCAUAUCACUCCAAAAGGGAAGCAUGGUAUAAAAUCAAAAGGCGAGCGAACGGAAUUUCGAAUGCACGGCAUGAAAGGCCCUCACAGUUAUCAAUUUGGUUACGACACUGGAAAAGGUAAGAAUCGCCAGUUUCGAUACGAAGAGCGCGACAAUGACGGCCACGUAAAAGGUCAUUAUGGUUACAUGGACAAGUUUGGAAAACUUCGCGUCGUCAACUACGACGCCGAUCCAGAACAUGGGUUCCGAGCCGAGGUUCCCGCGGAAAAAGAAUAAAUUAUAAUAUUAUUAUCCCGUACGAUAU